UUAACAUUGAUCGUCUCUCUCCGCUGAAAGCGUAUAAAUGAACUCAGGCCACUCAGCUGGAAAGCACGGCACCGGUAGUACCAGGAUCUCCUUGGCUCACAGACCCGAUCGCACUCAUGUUCUCCUCGUCCUCGUCCCGCACCCUCCUUGCUCUCGCUGCGGCAGCGCGGAUCGUCUCCGCCGCGACGGUUGGGCCAGUUGGCUCCCUGGUGGUGGCCAACGCAACAAUCUCGCCCGACGGUCUGCCCCGCGCAGCCGUCCUGGCCGGAGGCACGUUCCCUGGAACGCUCGUCACCGGAAACAUCGGCGACAACUUCCAGCUGACGGUCGUCGACCAGCAGCAGGACAACCGCAUGCUCGAGCCGACGUCGAUUCACUGGCAUGGACUGUUCCAGAACGGAACCAACUUCAUGGACGGACCUGCGUUCAUCAACCAGUGCCCGAUCUCCCCCGGAAACUCGUUCACAUACGACUUUACCAGCACGCAAUCAGGAACGUUCUGGUAUCACUCUCAUCUCGCCACCCAGUACUGCGACGGUCUGCGUGGCGCGAUGGUCAUCUACGACCCGGCCGACGCCUACAUCUCCGAGUACGACGUCGACGACGAGUCGACCGUCAUCACUCUCGCCGACUGGUACAACGUCUUUGCUGAGACCGUGGCCGGUGUUGCCACGCCCUCUUCGAUGCUCAUCAACGGUCUCGGACGUACCGCGGCGACCACCGCGAACACGACGCUGGCCGUGAUCAACGUCACCCAAGGCUUGCGCUACCGGUUCCGCCUGGUCAACAUCGGCUGCGACUCCAACUACGUGUUCCAGAUCGACGGCCACACGAACCUGACCAUCAUCGAGGCCGACGGUGUCCUGCACGAGCCGUUGAGCGUCGACUCGAUCCAGAUCUACGCCGCCCAACGGUACUCGUUCAUCAUGACUGCCGACCAAGCGGUCGACAACUACUGGAUCCGCGCCAACCCGAACACCGGUCCGACUGGCUUCACCGGCGGCAUCAACUCUGCGAUCCUCCGCUGUGCGGAGUACUUUCAGCUCAUUUGCCAACUCCGAUUUUUAAUCAUAUGUCCCUGA